AUGCAUUUAAUUAAAAAGCCAAUUACAACUCAAAUCCCUAUGUAUUGUGCUUUUUCAUUCCUUGUUAUUGCUGGCGGUAAAACUGUAUUACUUAUAAAUGAAAUAACACAAGGAACAAUUUGGGAAAUUCCAUUAACAGUAUAUAUGUUAUUUAAUUGGCUUUGGUUAUUAGGAACUCUUAUCUAUUUAAAUUGUGUUGAUCCUGGAUAUAUGCCAAGAUUUAAACCAUUUGGAUUUCCAGUAAAACAGUUUUAUAAUGUAAAAUAUCAAAAUAAAAUACUACCAAGAAAUACUUGUGAAACAUGUAAUUUAGUAAGACCAUUAAGAGGAAGUCAUUGUAGAAUAUGUAAUAGAUGUGUUAAUGAAUUUGAUCAUCAUUGUGGAUGGAUUGGAAAUUGUGUUGGAGAAAGAAACAAAGGAAGAUUUGUUGUAUUUGUUUGUGUAGUAUUUAUGAAUUCUGUCACUGCUUGGUUAAUUAGUUUCUAUCACAUUUUAUUUAUGCCAGGUGGUUCUAUAAUAAAUCUUCUGUUCAUUAUUAUUAUCUUCUUUAUGUUUUCAAUUACUAAUUUAAUGUUAGGAUCAUUAUUCAUCUCUCAUAUAUAUCUUGCUCUCAAUGGUAAAACUACUUAUGAAAAUAUCAAGCUCACAAAACAAAAAUAUCGUGCUUAUGAACAAUUCUUAGAAGAAAAUGGUGUAUCUCAUAAAUGUCAUUGUAAAAAAUGUGAUAAGAAAAAAUCUUCUCAAAAUGAUAAAGAUGAAGAACAAAUUAAUGAAUCAUGUGAAAUUAAAAGACAAGAAAACAAUAACAUUUUUACCCAAAUAGAAAGAAAAAGGAAAGAAAUUCUUUUAAGAAAACAAUUUUCUUUGAAAUAUAAAAAUGAAACAUCUCCAUAUCCAAGAGGUUUUACUAAUUUUUUUCAUAUUAUAUUUAAACCAUCUCCACCAUCAUUUAUUUAA